AUGUCAAGAGCCAAAGUCGAGCUGAUCCCCUGGGACCCAAACUCCCCGGACCACUUCACACGGUUGGUAGAUCAGAGGAUAAAAUGCGGCUGGGCCUCGGAGCAGGUACCACAAUGGCAAGAUUACCAGCGAUCCGGCUUUAAGUGCAUCUACUGGCUUGUGCUCUCACCAGACGACCCAGACCGGGAAGCAAGGCUCGCGAAGCUCGUCUCCGAGUACCCAAAAGAGAAAGACCCCAUCACAGACACAGCAGACUCCAUCCGCGCCACCCCGCGAACCCCGACGGAAGCGCUCUUCCAUCCUGUCGGCCACAUCUCGCUCGACGUCGACAGCCCGGCCGCCGCGUGCCUCAAUUUGCCCAUCCCCAAAGAUCACGUCUACUGGAUCAAGACCCUCUACGUGUCUUUUGCGCUACAGAGCUCGGGCAUCGCCAGGGCUGCCAUGGACCUGAUCGAGAGCAUGGCCACGAGCGAGCCGCUGUGCGCAAAGACGCUCAUGCUCGACACGGUGUCCAAGGAGGAUCAGUUGAGAAAGGAGUCUAUUGUUGUGGCGCAGGGCAAGCUUCCGCCGACGCCGACGCAGGCAUGGUAUGAGAGACGAGGAUAUAAACUGAUCCACACCGAAAACAACUUUUACGGAUUCCCGGAAAAGGACCAAGACGGCAACCCCGUCAUUCGAAGAACAGUAUUCUUGCGCCGGGAUCUCGUCUAG